CUGGCUAUAGAUCUCAAGCCUGGAAGGCGGUUGCAGGGGUUGAUCUGAGCCACCCAUUGCUCAAUCCGACCACCCGGACACCGCCUUUCCCACUCUUUCCCAUGGUUCAGAACCGAAGAAGCUUCAUCCAUGAGUUCAUGACUGAUGUGUCAGCAUGUGCGGCUAUCACCGGGUGCUAUAUGUACACUACAGUUACCAUUGCGUUGCUUCCAACAGAUUGUGGUGUCUUCAAGGUGCCACUUCCGCUGCCACGGCCAAUUCUGGCCAUGAUCUUCCCCCGUAGCGGCGAUGGAUGGAGCAGCUCAACAAUGGCGCACUUCUUGCCGGUGUCGUUGUUGGCGCAGGGCCACACCAUCCCCAUGACUGACAUGGUGCGCCUGCUGCCAGAGCAUGGGGCGCAGGUCAGCUCCAUCACCACGCCGGUGAACGCCUCCAGCUUGGCAGGAUUUGCAGCCGACGUGAAGGCAGCGGGCCUGGCGAUUCAGCUCGUGGAGCUUUGGUUCCCGACCGCUGAGUUCGGCCUAUCGGACGGGUGCGAGAACCUCGACAUGAUCCAUGCCACGGACCUGCUUUCGAAAUUCAUGAAGGCCAUUGACGCACUUCGGGAGCCGCUCAUGGCCCACCUUCGUGAGCAGCAACGCUUGCGUUAGAGCUGCAUCAUAUCUGACAUGAUAAACUGGUGGACAGGUGACAUCGCAAGGGAGCUCGGCAUCCCGAGGCUCGCCUUUGUUGGCUUUUGUGGCUUCUCGUCCCUCAUCAGGUACAACCAUGAGAGGCAAAUUUUCAGUAGUAAUUUUUGUACUGGACGUAUUUUUCCUGCUAUAGUUAAGUGCUUUACUUCAACAGUAAGGGGAUAUUAGUGUAAAUUGCUUCUCCACAGAAAAAAGAACAUGAACAUAUAAAAGGCUACACACUAAAGGAAAAACUUAGUAGUACUACUCUAUGAAACAAAAGGUGUAAUUUGCAUUGCAUAAGGAACUACAAACAACAAUUUUUUAGGCAUGUUGCAAACUUGCGGUUGGUUGAUGUUUGUCGAACAAGUGCUCACCUCUAUCUAUUUUAAACAACUAAAACCAUCU